ACCCAGGCGAACGGACCACCCACCUCCCGUCGCCGGAGCACCCACUAUAAGCGAUAAGAAGGUCGUCGGGGAACCGGAAAACCACAUUACACUAGCCUUAAAAUUAUUCCAGCGAAGGUAAAUAAGGCGAGGGUUAGAGGUAAAACAAAAUCAACUUGUAUAGCAAUUAAAAAAAUCGAACUGGUUUAAGGAAUAACGCAUAGUUCUUUAACAUUAAAUAAAAUCCCAAUUUAGUAAAUUACAUCUUAGUAAUAUUACGACAAUAACUUCUUUAGAACAUUCAGCAUUUACUGUGUCUACGAGUGUUAUGAUGAUUCAGCCGGAUUCGCUGGAAGUCAUUACGGCCAACAAUUGCGAAAGAAUUACUAUAUUGUGCCCGAUGAAUAUUUGUUGUUUCUGUUAAUGCCGGGGUGUACAACAAUAACAAGAAAUACAAAUAAAUAAAUAAGCUAGUAUCAACAAUUCGGACGCCAGCGAACUGCGCAACAGAAUAAUUACAAAGUCAGCGCCGUCUGUCCGGGAAAUGCGACUGAGAGGGCGACUGCAGGUGCUAAAGCUAUCGGAUUCGCUGCUGGCGGCCGCCAUAUGCAUUCGAUUCCCGGGCACGUAAUGCCAAAGGUAAACACUUGCCCGGAGAGGUGACAUCUCGCACUGGGGGCAAUCUAAUCACAGUCUACAAGUGUUUACGUACAUAUGUGCAUUUGUUUGGCGUAAUUAUAACAGACCAGAGAGAGAGUAGAGAACCGGGAUAAACUUAGAAAUUAAACAUUGUUUGCUCAAGUACCUAGGUAUACACCAUACUAUAAAGCAUACUAUACAAAGCCUCAAAAUAAUAUUUACCUUUAAUUUGAUCGUAUAGCUUAGCCACACAAAUUUUACCAGGAUCUUGCAAUGAGGAUUUAAUAGAAUUAUCCAAAUACAAUAUAGUCACAGUUUGGACUAGUUGGACAGUUUGGACAUUUUUCUCCAAAAUGAUCAACAAUUAUUUAAUCAAUGGUUCAUGAUCAAAAUUGUAAACUUGAUUCCCUAUACCAUAUGAUACUUUUACGAGUCCGUGUAGUGUCAUGUUUUAUUUGGUUUCGUGUCAUUUCAGCGGAUUGGGCACGUAACAGCUUAUCGCUAAUUGCCUCGAUAUGCAGGUGAGGAUACCUACGGGCGGGCCGGGGCCUGAAGCGAUGAGAAUGCACAUAAAGUGGCCUAAUCUCUGGGCCUACAAAUUUCGAUUUGUCGACAAGAUUUUUUUAACAAAUUGCCAAUGUAAUUUCAAGUAGGAAUCGAAGUUAUUCCUUUUUUAACAAGCUAAUAUAUGUAGAAUUAUCGGGUUAAAUGGAUUUUGAUCUUUAUGUUUUAAGUAAACACAGUUUGCAUUCAUUUUCCUCUCACUAUUCCCACCAAUAUCCUAAUUUUGUCAAAUUAGAUCAGACCUAAGCUUCAUAAGCUCACAUAAAAUACCUUUCAAACUCAAAAAUCCAUUCCAUAAACGCAUGUUUUUACACGUGAUCGAAAAAUAGCAGACAAGCGUCUACCAGCAAUGGAUUACAAUCGUCAACCGUGUCCCAUGAGGAUCGUGGAGGAUUGUGGAUGCGCCUUUAUGGUGGGCAGCCUUGGAGGCGGCCUGUUUCAGUUUGCCAAAGGCUUCCGAAAUUCUCCGUCCGGCGUAAUGCGCGGCUUAUACGGCGGUUUGGAUUCAAUGAAAAUGCGGACACCGGCCAUUGCCGGCAGCUUCGCUGUUUGGGGCGCCACCUUCAGCAUUGUGGACUGCGCCAUGGUGUCACUUCGCCAGCGGGAGGACCCUUGGAAUUCAAUAGUGAGUGGAGCUGCCACGGGUGGGAUAUUGGCUGCUCGCAAUGGGAUGCGUGCUAUGGCCAACAGUGCCUUUGUGGGCUGUAUUGUUUUGGCCAUGAUCGAAGGGGCAGGUGCAGCAGUGGCCACCAUCUAUGCCGCCAAUGAUAAUGCAACUAUAACCAUUGAUCAAGAGCAUCCGCAGCGAGCCCAAUGGGAACCUGUCACUUACUCAUCCGGUCAGGAUUUAAUUACGACCGGUUUCGAGCGUGUGCUGGAGAAAUGUCGAAAAUACAGAGACCGCAACAUGACGAUGUCGGGAUCAGGAGAACUUUUACGAUUGCAGGAGCCAUCGCACUCGCUCCUAGAUCUAGUCAAGCUGGCCGAGAUUAUUUAAUACAGUGCCCUCAACUUUUGUUUCUAUGGUCCCACUUAUAAAUUCCCAGCUUUCGUGUUGAUCUUUAAUAGUAUGAAUAAUGAUUUCGAAUAUAUUGGGAAAUUUUACUACCCAUUUGAAUAUUAUUAAUAAA